AUGGACAGCAGCCUUCUUCGGGAUGACCUAGACGUCGACGAGCUCGAUUGGCUACUCGCCCAGAAUAUCCCGGCGAGCGCCGCCGCUUCUUCGUCGCUUCUGCCGCCGGUGACCGCCCAGCUGUUCGCAGAAGAGAGCAGGAGCGAGCGCGAGCUGUCGGCGAUGGUGUCCGCGCUGAGUCAUGUCGUUUCCGGAGACCAGCAGGUCGCGUACUCGAGCGGUUCGGCGCUCCCGCCUGAGAGUGUCGCCGGACGGAAAAGGGAGCCAGCGCCGGAGGGCGGCUCGACUCCGAAAUAUCAUCGAACGGUCGGCGAUCAACUCGGCUGGCCACCAGCAGGAGGAGCACCAGCUGGCAGAGGAAGUAGUAUGAUCCCAUCUCCGACGAUAGAGAUAGCAGAGCGAAGGAAGUAUAGAGGAGUGCGGCAGCGACCGUGGGGUAAAUGGGCGGCGGAAAUAAGAGACCCCCAGAAGGCGGCGCGCGUGUGGCUGGGCACCUUCGAGACGGCGGAGGCUGCGGCCCGAGCAUACGACGCGGCUGCCCUCCGCUUCAGGGGCAGCAAGGCCAAGCUCAACUUCCCCGAGGACGCGCGACUCCUCCCUCGGCUGCCGCCGAUGAUGCGCUCUGCUCUUCCGGAUGCACCUCCUGCGCGCAGGAGGAUGCCAUCGCCACCACCGUCGUCAUCUCAUUCGUCGACACAAACGCCACCGUCUUCCUCCUCGCAACUUUGACCUCUGUUUUUAAAUUGUCGUGGCCGCGCGUCUACUUGUCCGCAUCAUGUUUGUUGCUACAAUUGUGACUGGCUAGCUCGUCGUCGCUGCAUGGGCAGUAGCAAUUACGUACGAUUUGACAGUGAUUUUUUUUAA